UGUUAUAGCAACUAUUUAGAAGACUGUUAUAGCAACUAUUUAGAUGACUGUUAUAGCAACUAUUUAGACCACUGUUAUAGCAACUAUUUAGACUACUGUUAUAGCAACUAUUUAGAUGACUGUUAUAGCAACUAUUUAGACGACUGUUAUAGCAACUAUUUAGACCACUGUUAUAGCAACUAUUUAGACCACUGUUAUAGCAACUAUUUAGACUACUGUUAUAGCAACUAUUUAGAUGACUGUUAUAGCAACUAUUUAGACGACUGUUAUAGCAAAUAUUUAGACUACUGUUAUAGCAACUAUUUAGAUGACUGUUAUAGCAACUAUUUAGACGACUGUUAUAGCAACUAUUUAGAUGACUGUUAUAGCAACUAUUUAGACGACUGUUAUAGCAACUAUUUAGAUGACUGUUAUAGCAACUAUUUAGAAGACUGCUGUAGCAACUAUUUAGAAGACUGCUGUAGCAACUAUGUUGACAACUGUUUUAGCAACUAUUUAGAUGACUGUUAUAGCAAUUAUUUUGACGACUACGACUGUUAUAGCAACUAUUUAGACUACUGUUAUAGCAAAUAUUUAGACUACUGUUAUAGCAACUAUUUAGACUACUGUUAUAGCAAAUAUUUAGACUACUGUUAUAGCAACUAUUAUUUAGACGACUGUUAUAGCAACUAUUUAGACGACUGUUAUAGCAACUAUUUAGAUGACUGUUAUAGCAACUAUUUAGACGACUGUUAUAGCAACUAUUUAGAUGACUGUUAUAGCAACUAUUUAGACGACUGUUAUAGCAACUAUUUAGACGACUGUUAUAGCAACUAUUUAGACCACUGUUAUAGCAACUAUUUAGACUACUGUUAUAGCAACUAUUUAGAUGACUGUUAUAGCAACUAUUUAGAUGACUGUUAUAGCAACUAUUAUUUAGACCACUGUUAUAGCAACUAUUUAGACCACUGUUAUAGCAACUAUUUAGACCACUGUUAUAGCAACUAUUUAGACGACUGUUUUAGCAACUAUUUAGACGACUGUUAUAACAACUAUUUAGACGACUGUUUUAGCAACUAUUUAGAUGACUUUUACAGCAACUAUUAUUUAGACCACUGUUAUAGCAACUAUUUAGACACCUGUUAUAGCAACUAUUUAGAUGGCUGUUAUAGCAACUAUUCAUACAACUGUUUCACUUCACAAUUUUUAACGAUGCAUGCAAUGGACUAUAGAGACUAG